GCGAUGUCAGCCGUACCUGACGUUACAAUAGACCAUAACAGUUACAGAGACGCGUGAGUCUGCGUUUAAAACUCGAAGGUUUUGCACGACAAAAUACUGGAUUUUAGUUUAAUAUUGGACGUUUACGCGCGCGUUAUUGUUACGUUACGUUUAUUUUGAGUUUGAUAAGGAGUUCGUUAUUGUGCGUUAACUUCGAAGAUCACCGGCGUUUUGAGGAAAUGGGGCGUCAUUAGUGUAAAAAGGGUUGUUUCCAAUCCCCGAGUACCCUGAGUUCGAAGUACAGCGCGGCAUGUGGUCUACCGCGCUGGACGUCAUACUGACGACUCUACGCUACCUCGCUCCAGCAACCUUGCUCACGCUUUUCUGGGGACAGCAAAGUUUCUUGUUCAAGUUACUAAAAUAUAUCGACUCUGCUUUCAGAGCGUUGAUAUUUUCUAACGAGGAGCAAAAGCAAUCAAUUUUACAAUGGCUGGGAGAGGCUGGACCAGUAAGGGUCGAGAAUCUAGAGGUGGUCUGGAGGCACGGUUGGAUAGUCUGCGGAGUGCUGGAUACAGCACUCCCCGGUGCAUGCGCAGGACACCCUCCAACAAGACUUACACUGAAACACGCACAGGCGAUAGCUGACCACUACCUUGGCGUUGAGCCGGCUUUUACAAGGCUAGAGUUAGAAGCAAAUGAUUCAAUAAGUAGACAUCAAGAAUGGAAGCUUAUAAAUUACCUGGAAAAAAUUCGACUAGCUCUAUCUAAACUUACGCCACCAACUUCUAAAACAAUUAGUCAUACAACUCAAAAAGCUUCCCCAGAAACAACUCACUUUACUCUGAACUACAUUGCCAGAGGAUCAGGACUCACAGCGGCUCAAGUGAACAACAAAGUUCAUUUCAAAAUAUAUCCUACAGCUCAACAAUCCUUAGAUCCAGGUGAUAUAACUAUACUAAUAAACGGUCCCAAUGACACAUAUGGAAUGACAGUAGUACCACCAAUAUUAGGCAAAGCUCAAAUGAUAAGGCAAAAUUUAUUGGGACUACAAUCGAAGUCGAAAUAUACUGAUAACGUUCUUCCUAUUACACAAGGUACGGCAUACUUACGAAACUAUGGUCGAAGUGAUAUGAACAAAACAUUCUAUAUUCCGAAAUCUAAGCACGAUAUAGAAAUUGACACUGAGUUGAAACCGGAUCAUGCUAGAAUUGGCUAUGUGGCUAAUAUAGAAGGCAAAUACGAAGUUUCAAUAACUAGCAGAGGACAAAAUGUCGUCGGCUCACCGUUUACUGUCACCGCUUCGAAUAAUAUUAUCGGAAUUUUAGAACGAGAUAGUUUUUGUCUGGAAGAUGGUGAAGAAAUUGAUAUUGUUGAUGUAAAAUCCGAUAGAAAAGUAGUUUUAAGAAUAGUAGAUUUUGUAACAGAAAAAAUGUUACUUCGAGAAAAUGGCACAUUGGAAAAAAUAACCGAAGAAGAAGCAAAAUAUUUAAUGGAAAAUGAUGACAUUGAAAAAAUAAAUAAUGAACCACUUACGAGGCUUAACGAAUCAACAACCAAUGAUAUGGUAGAAAGCAACUUUAAGACAAAAAAGUUUUAUAACACAGCAAAUAAAGUUUUAACAGCAAAUCGAUUUUGUAAUAUUUUAAGUGAUAUUAAAAAACAACAAAAAUCAGAGCUAAAGAAUGAGGUUAAUAAGCCAGAUGUUCCUGAUAUCGUUAAUUCAACAUUUAAUGAUGACCAAAAUAAACUUUGCAAACAAGAAAAACGGAACAGAGUCAUUAUUCCGGAGAAUAUUUCUGUCUCUAUCUUAACUGAAAAAUCUAAAGCUCUUGCAAAAGAGACACCAAAUUUAAAUGUGCAUAGUGACAGCAUAAAUAAUAACAAUAUAUUUCCAAGUGAUCCUUUUGAAGAUGAUAAUAUGUCCAUAGAUAAAGUACAAUCCUCAAACCCAUUUAUAGAUGAUAUAUAUAAUCAAAAUUAUGAAAUAGAAAAAAAAUUGGGCUCCUUCAUAACGAACGAAUAUGAAUCAAACAACUCCCAAAAUGAAGAGACAGCUAACGCAAAUAUUAAAAUAUUCAUUGAAAAUGAAAAUAAAAUAUCAAAUGAAGAAACAAACCCACUUAUAGAUAUGGAACGACCCAAAACGCCCGUUUGUAGAAUUAUCAAUAGAGAAGUUGUAAAGGAAGAAGAUUCGGUUCAUAUCAAUUUAGAAAGGAAGUUGUCUACUGAAAUUGUGUUAAACAACUUGGUUAACCCCUUUAUAGACCAUAUACAAGAUCAACUUAAUGAAUAUCAAGAAAAACCUGAUUUUAUAAUUGGAGCACCGGUUUCUUUGCCACCUAUGAUCAAUUUAAAUUCAAGCACGUCUUCAGUAAAAAAUGUUACAGAAAUUAACAAACGACUUCACAACAAGAAUAAAGAAGAUUAUAACUGUAAAAAUCAUAUUACAGACACGACAACAAUUCCCGCUAUAUCCGUAGAAACAGAUAACUCAUCAAGGAAAUCUAAUUGUUACAGCAGUUACGAUUCAAAUUUAACCGAAGAUGUAAAUAUAACUUCAAAUUUUAGUCCAACACAUUCUAAUGUAAGUACUCCAAUAGAAACAAGUAGAGAAACGUCACCCAAAAAAGACACGUGGGAUUCAGCAUAUGUCAGCAUAGACGAAAACAACUACACAGACAAUAUUGAAUUUAAUGAGCCUUUAAAUAAAAAGUCUCCUCUUCCAAGAGAUAAUUCCAAAUUAAAAUUAAAUGAAAGAGAGCAAUUGCAAAAUAUAAACCCUGAUGAUGAUAAAACAUACAAGUGCGAAACAAAAAAAUCGGAAUUCAUGCCAAUAAUUGAAGAAAACGAAAAAAUCUUAUCAUCAAACAUGAAGGAUAACAUGAAGGUUAAGACUGCACAAGAUAAUGUCGACGAUCCAGUGACAGUAGCAUUUGCCGAAAUAAAUGAUUUAUACGAUGACUAUUUUAAAACUUCUGAAGUUAGUUCAGUAACGUCAACACAAGAAUGUCAAUUACAGAAUUUAGGAAUAGAUUAUACCUUAGAAAGAAACGAUAUCCAUGUCGAUUCUGCAUCUGAAUUGAAAACAGAUGUGAAAAGACAAACGAAAAUAUUAGAAGGAAAGAUUUCUGAGGUUCAGGCAGCUAUCACUGAAUCUUUAUCAGCAAGUCAAAACCUUCAUGUUAAGAUUAACCGAUAUUAUAAAGAAGAAAAUAAUAAUGAGAACAGCGAUCAUGUCCAAUUUGGCGAUGAAACGUUUAAUAACAUAGUAUUAGAAAAGAAAAAAUAUUGGGAUGAAAAGAUACGCGAAAUAGAGGAGAAAUCUGAAGAAGUUAAAUCUCUACAAUGUAAAAGGCGAUUAACUUCAAAGUAUUUACGUCGUAAUGAUUCCCUUUCCAAGAGAAGGGGCAGAAAAAUCGUUCAAAACUUUUUAAAUACAAAUCAAGAUGAAUCUUAUCCACUUAAAAAAUCAGUUGAUCAACUUGAAGAUAUUAAUUUACAAAGUGAUUUCAAUUCUAUUGAAGAUAAAAUUAAAUGCAUGAAUAAUAAUAUUGAAAUAUACAAUAAAAAUGAAUCUACCUCUUGUUUUGGUAAAAAGUCUUCUAAUAGUAAAGAACGAUCGGUAUUCGAUGCCUUCAAACAAUUAAAAGUAAGUAGUGUCGAUUCCGUAGAUACGAAUAACGAUAAUGAUGAACUAAAAUCAAAUUUACACUUAAAACAAGAAUUAUCAGAAAAAGUAUUUCAAGCAUUCGAAACAAGUCCCAAAAGGUUUUUCGGUACAUCUAGAAAACAUAUUUUAAAUAAAAUCGACACUUUUUUAGGAUAUCCGGAUAAUGAAAACGAGACGAAAAAAAUCAACAGCAUUAUAAACCACGAAACUGGUCUAGUCUCUAGUCGUAUUUCUUUAUUCCAUAAUAUAUCUAAAACAGAAGAAUUAGCAUGGUCACGUAGAAAAAGUAAAUCAAUGCAUAAUAUAACCCAUCAAGUAAGCGAAACGUGUAAUAAUUUAGAAAAUAAAUCAACAACGCGAGAUACAAAGAACUUUAAGGAAAAAGAAAGUAGAAAAAUCAGUAGCUCAUGUGAAGAAUCAAAUAUAAAUUAUUUUAAUCAAGCCGACAAAAAUAUAAUUGCACUGAAAGAAAAGAGAGCAAGAAUGAUACAGAAUAAACACAAUAAAAGUUUCGACGAAACUAUGUAUACACCUCCAAAACAGACAGACACCUCAAACGUUAAAAAAACUAUAAAAGAUAUUAACGAACAAAACGAUUUGCUUGUUAAAUCACCAACAUCCAAACUGAAAUCAAUCAGCAAGUCUGAAAUGGACAUAUUUAACAAAUUCACAGAAGUGACUGAAGACGUCCUCGAAAAACAUAAAUCCUAUGAGGAAUUACCAAAAAUUUCUGUGAAAAAUUUCAUAUCUCUGUAUGAAGAUGUUUCUAAAGUAUCUGACACAAGUCGUCAAAUAAAAAGUAGUAAUAGAAUAAAUGUAGGGUCUUUAAAUAAAGAGCCAGUCCCGAGUUCAAUUCAUGGAACUGCGACGAUUUCGACUUCCCCUACUGAAACACAAAUAUCAUCAUCAUUAACAUCAACGCCUUUAAAAUCAAUCCAUGACGAAGGAUUUAUGACACUUAAUAAACGCAAACAAAGAUUGUUCGACGAUAAAAGUUUCGAAAACUUUAAUAACGAAAUUGAAAAUACUCAUCCGUCUUCCGACACAGAGUUGAUUUCAAAUCAAGACAAGGAUACAAGCUAUUUGAGCCUUUCUGAUAUUGAAAUUGAAAUUAUAGAAAAACCCGAAAAAACGAUUGAAUCCCCACCUGAAAACGAGCCUGCUCACAUAGAAUACAAAAAUCGUUUUACAAUGGCUAGAAAAUUUUUUCAAUCUUUAGAAGAACUUCGUGAAGAAAAGAAUACAAAAAAAUUAAUUAAAAGCGAAUCUUUAAUAAGUUGUCAGUCCACUGAAUCUCUUGAAGAAAACAAGCGUUCGCGAAAACGAAGUAAUAUUAAAAAAUCACGAUCUAUGCCGUCCUCGGAAAUUUCAAAAAUUUGGAAUCAAAUGCAAGAAAAAGAAGCCGAAAAUAAAAAAUUAGUGAAAAUAUCCGAGAAAUUUAACGUUGACGACUUAUUCGAGGACGUCAUGGAAGGCAGAUUAAGUCGCCAGGGCAGUUUAAGGGGUAUUCCAAACAAGAAAGCUGUUCUUGAGACAUUCCGAUCCAUGGAAAAUGUAAAUGAUAAUAAACUAAACUCCUAUGAAAUGGCAGUAUCGCAAUUAAAUGAAUUCGCUGAAGAGAACAAAAUAAAAAACGCGCAAACUUAUUUAAGUGAAUAUCCUUAUCUGCCUACUACUGAUCCGUCCAAAUAUCACUCGAGGCUAGAUACAAGUGCGUCUGGUCUGAUUACAUUUAAAGAAUUAAGGAAGAUACCAAGAAGAAACAGUGUGCCUGAUUUAAGAUUAAAUCCAACUUUUACUGCUGAUUUAUAAAACAUUUAAUUUAUUAAAAAUCAAUGAUUUUUUUCAAAGAAUUAAUGAAUAUUAUUUGUUUAAUGAAUAGCAGUAUUUUACUGUACCUUAUAGUUAUAUAUUUUUUGAUAAAUCGAAUUUAAGUUAGUAUAUGUUAUAUAUAUUUCAGUUUAACAUUCUAAAUAAGGAUUUUGUACAAUCCCUUGUACAGUUUUUGGAUCUUAUUGUAAUUUGUAAGAAACUAUUUAUUAGACAAUAAAGUCUUCAUCGAACAU